UCCAUCGGAAGAGAAGGUGGGGAACACAGUGGUGGGGGAGGUGUUGAAGUUUAUUGCAGCGUUGGUUUGUUGUGAAGCUUGCGGUGGUCUUUGGCUGGUGUUGUUCGAGGCUCUGGCUCGUCGUUAGCUGCGUGUUCCGGGCCCGUGGUUUCCCCAGUUUCCCUGUACCCCCAUUGCACAAAGGUGCCCGCGUGAAUGGGCGGAAACAGAUCGUCGAGUAGCGCGUUGCUGCCGCGGAUCCACACCGUCCUCUGCUUUAGCGGGCAACAGCCGCAGGCAAAGAGGCACGCAGUUCUUCCCAAUUUGUUGGUUAUCACUUUUAUGCUGCCUCGGUGAACACCGCCAGAAGGGAUGUCCGCCACACCGAGGGACGAAAGUGGACACUUUGAGGGCUGUGGUGGAAUGCCUGCUUCCAGUCUGCCCCUGGAGGGACGGUGCAACGGCACUUUCGCUGUUAAAGAAGAGCAACAUGAAAAGUGUGCCAUUCCUAUUUCCCCGGCCUGGCAUUGUGGGGAUGCAGAUGACCUCUUUACAUCCCAUGGGCACCUUCAUGUUGAACAAAACACAUUUGUGCUUGUGAAGAAAGAGCCAGAGGAUGUGUCGUCUACUUUGGGGGACGGAAACUUGCACUCUUACGACUGCGGCGACUUGUCCGAAUUUCCACCGCAACUGGCAGGACACGGGGACGGCGUCAUUUUGGUCAAGGAAGAACCAGAGGGUGUACCAGCUACAUCAGCAGGUGAAAGCGUGCUCCCCGACGAUGGCUGCAGUAUGUUCGAAUGUCAGCCGCAGCUGGAGCGACACAGGGAUAGCGCCACUGCAGUCGGGGAAGAGGUGGACCAAGCAAGUGCCGCUCUCACCUCUGAGGGUUGGGACGGGGAAGAUGCUCUUGGCCUUUCCAUCUCACACCAACGCCUAAACGAAGUCGAAACAGCCGCAGCUGUCGUGAAAGAAGAGCCAACUGAUGUGGAAUGGCGUUGCUCCAACUACAAAGAGUGCAGCAGCUCUUCUGCCCAAGAACGGUGGGACCAGGGACAGCAGGAGGAACAAGGCGGGUCCAAGGGCCACGACUGCCGCUUCUGCCCUUUCUCCAGUCUCUUCAAAAGCAACGUCACUGUGCACGAAAGGACACACACGGGAGAGCGGCCCUUCACCUGCAACCACUGCCAGAUGGCAUUCACUACCAGGCGGGGCUUGAUUGCUCAUGCAAGCACUUUUGGAGACAAAGAACACUUUAAAUGCUCUGCUUGCUCGCGAGUAUUUCUGCAGGAGGAUUGCCUGCUUGAGCACGAAAAGAUUCAUGUGCACGAAAAGCCCUACAAAUGUGACACUUGCGGCAGAAGAUUCCAGUCAAAAGACGGCGUCGCACGUCACCAAGAUGUACACGUGCGUGAAAGUCGCGUUAAGUGUGCCACGUGUCCACGGACAUUUAGGUCAAAGCAGAACUUGGCGAAUCACCUUCGCCGCAACAUCUGCAGUGAGGUGAACGCUCGUGAGAGCGCUCAUAUAGAUAUAAGGCCUUUUCAGUGCUCCAAAUGCCCUAAAGCUUUUAAAGAAAAAUGCCACUUGGUUGCUCAUCAAAAGUCUCACAUGAAUGAAAACCUUUUUAAAUGUCCCAGAUGUCCCCAAGCAUUUCAGAUGGAGUCUCAAAUGGCUGCUCAUAAGAUAACAUUGCCUUUUAAAUGCCUCACCUGCCCUAAAGCCUUUCAUUUAAAGGCCUCUUUGGCAGUUCAUGAAAGAGUUCACUCAUCUGACAGACCCUUUAAAUGCCCCGCAUGCCCUAAAGCAUUUCGACAGAAAUCUCAUUUGACUGGUCAUAAGGUAACUCACACACAUGAGAGGCGCUUUAAAUGUGCCAUCUGCCCAAAGACAUUUCAAACAAAGUCUAAUUUGACUACUCAUAAAGUAACUCACGUGGAUGAAAUGCCCUUUAAAUGUGCCACCUGCCUUAAGGUGUUUCGAACAAAGUUUAAUUUGAGCAAUCAUGAAAUGAUUCACACAGGUAAAAAGCCCUUUAAAUGCACCACCUGCCCUAAGUCAUUUCAAAAUAUAAGUUGCUUGAGAGACCAUGAAAGGACGCACACAGGUGAAAGGCCCUUUAAAUGUGCCACAUGCUCCAAAACAUUUAGAUCGAAGUCGAAUUUGUUUAAGCAUGAGAAAGUACACAGAUUAAAGGCCAUUUAAAUGUC